UGCUAUAAAAAUAGUAUGGUGACUCUUAGUUCUUCUAAAACAUAGCACAAGUAGGCUAGAGCUAAUUCUCUGCACAUUUACACAUUCUUUGAAGACAAAGUGAUGGUAAUGUCAGAUCAUAUCACAGAAGGUGACUAUACUUUAGUAACUACAAGUAGUAGCAUGUGUAACAAGGACACUGUAAAAUAAAGUAUUUCCAAACAGUUUUUUUUUUUUUUUUUUUUUUUUUUUUUAAGAUAUAAAUAACAUGAACUGUGUCUGCUUUCAUCCUCAGGUCAAUAAAUCCAUCCUUUGCUUAAUGGAAAAUGGAAAAUGGAACGUAUUUUUACUUGAUGUUGUUUGAAAAUAUUGGGUACAUAAGAUAUGCUUUCUUCAGUUUGGGAAUUAUUCUAUACUGUGCUAUUAUAUUCUUUAAUGCCUUUAUAAUUCUUGCCAUUUUUCUUGAAAGGACAUUACACCAGCCCAUGUACAUUCUGAUUUCAUGUUUGUCCUUCAACUCUGUGUUUGGAACAGCUGCUUUUUUCCCAAGGUUACUGGCAGACUUGCUGUCUGAUACACACUUGGUGUCCCGUGAAGCAUGUCUCUUACAGGCUUUUGUCAUUUAUUCAUAUGCAGCAAAUGAAAAUACAAUAUUAAUGUUAAUGGCAUUUGACAGAUAUGUAGCAAUCUGUAAACCUUUACGAUACAAUAGCAUAAUUACUCCCAGGAUUUUAUCUGUUUUAAUAGCUAUAAGCUGGAUUUAUCCAAUGCUUUGCAUUGGCAUUUCUGGUAUUUUAAAUGCCAGAUUGACUAUGUGUGGUAACAAACUUUGGAAGGUGUAUUGUCACAACUGGGAAAUUGUCAAGCUUUCUUGUUCAAACACUAUUAUUAAUAAUGUUUUUGGCUUUUUCAUAGUGACCACAACACUUAUCGUGCCUUUAAAUUUUAUAUUAUAUUCCUAUGUUAAAAUUCUGAUCAUUUGUACAAAAAGCUCACCAGAGUUCAGGAGAAAAGCAUUUCAAACUUGUAUUCCCCACAUAGUGAUCCUUUUAAAUUUCUCUAUUGCUAUUUUUUGUGAGGUCACUUUGAGUCGGUUUGUGACUUCGGAUCUCCCUAUAGGGCUCUCGAUUAUUCUUUCACUGGAGUUUCUUGUUGUACCACCCAUCCUGAACCCUAUUGUUUAUGGUCUGAAUUUUCCUGAAAUUCGCAAAAAAAUGAUAUGUAUUAUAAAAGCAUCCAAAUAG